GAGCCAGAUCCCGAGCCGGGAGCAGGUCUCGGGGGCUCCUGGCUGUGGGCAAGGCUGGGCCUGUCCGCGAUGGCGAUUCUGUGGGGAGGCCUCUUUCGGCUUGGCUCGGUGCUCAGCCUGCGCUGCCUGGCGCUCUCCGUUCUGCUCUUCGUGCAGCUGUCAGACGCCGCCAAGAAUUUCGAGGAUGUCCGGUGUAAAUGUAUUUGUCCUCCUUAUAAAGAUAAUUCUGGACAUAUUUAUAAUAAGAACAUAUCCCAGAAAGAUUGUGAUUGCCUUCAUGUUGUGGAGCCCAUGCCUGUGCGAGGGCCUGACGUAGAAGCAUACUGUCUACGCUGUGAAUGCAAAUAUGAGGAAAGAAGCUCUGUUACUAUAAAGGUCACCAUUAUAAUCUAUCUCUCCAUUCUGGGCCUGCUACUUCUGUACAUGGUAUAUCUUACUCUGGUUGAGCCCAUACUAAAGAGACGCCUCUUUGGACACUCACAGUUGAUACAGAGUGACGAUGAUGUUGGGGAUCACCAGCCUUUUGCAAAUGCCCACGAUGUGCUGGCGCGCUCCCGCAGUCGAGCCAAUGUGCUGAACAAGGUAGAAUAUGCCCAACAACGCUGGAAGCUUCAAGUUCAAGAGCAGCGAAAAUCCGUCUUUGACCGUCAUGUUGUCCUCAGCUAA